GCCUCCGAGAAAAUGCCAACAUGGAAGCGAGGCAAGGGCGAGAUCUUCAGCUACAAUAAUACGAAAAAGGGACCUAGGUCCAGGCCAAGUUUUGUUUAAUUACACACCGGAACUCUGCAUCCGUCACACUUUGGAGGGGUAUUAAAGCGAGGCAUCUGCGGUGAUACACUCCCUCACUCACCUGCCUUUUUUUUUUUUUUUUUAAAUAUCCGGACUGUAAUAAAUGGUUUCAUUAAGUGAUAAACCAGUGGCCAUUGCUAAUGACUCUCUUAUGCUGCUCAAGCUGCCCUGCAUGGAGGUGGGGGGCAGUGAAGGAGGCAGCUCAGUCUCCUGCUCCAGCCCCGAGACGGGCGACACUGCCACCGGUCUGGGUGAAGAAGAAGAAGAAGAGGAAGAUGGUCUCUUGAACUUUGACUUCACUUCAGGUAUGGAGGAAGUUCCCAGAUUUCCGGAUUUCACCUUGCACGUUUCAAGCAGCUUCUCUCCGACUCUUGAGGACAUCGAAGAGUUCUUGAUGGAGAAGAUGGAUCCGGAAGAAAAAGACCUCGUCAUUCCAGACACAGAAACAGAGCAGGCGGUAGAUAAAGACGCGCCAUCUCCUGCGAGUCAGCUAAACAGUACGGCAGUCAAAUCUUCCGCCCAAACCCCCACUAGUCAGAACACUAGUGCUACAGCUAGCUCUGCUCCAGUGUUAGUUGGCGCUCCAGUGGUACUGCAGAUUCAGCCCGUGCAGAUCAGCCACCCGCUUCCCCAAACGAACCCCCCUGCCAACGGGCUGCGGGUGGCCCACCUGGUGCUGGGUGUCCAGGGUGGGCAGAAUGUUGCCCUGCUCUACCCUCCGGUGCCCUCUGCGACCGUGCUGCCCAUAGUGGGUGAGACCGGAUGCCAAGACCAAAAGUAUGUGAAGAUCGCCCCGUUGCCCAUCGCGUUUAGGGCGGUUGGCAUAGCAGCGACCAGCUUGGUCAAAGCCAUCCCUCCAUGCUCACCCAGGUCAUCCACGGAAAACCUGCGUGUGCACAAGUGUUCCCAUCCAGGGUGCGAGAAGAUGUACACCAAGAGCAGCCACCUGAAGGCUCACUUCCGAAGACACACAGGGGAGAAGCCGUACCUGUGCAGCUGGCCAGACUGCGGCUGGAGGUUCUCCCGGUCGGAUGAAUUAUCCCGUCAUCGGCGUUCGCACUCGGGCGUGAAGCCUUACAAAUGCACGAUGUGCGACAAGAAGUUCGCCAGGAGCGACCACCUGUCCAAACACACUAAGGUGCACAGGAGCCCGCGCGCGAGCAGACUGGCCAGACCGAGCAUCUGAAGCAGCACCGUCCUUCCACUAAACCCGGAAAAGCUAGAUCUUCCUUUAUUUUCCACUUUCCUUCCUUCCUUCCUUCCUUCCUUCUUCCUCUUGCUUGGUUUUCUCCAGAUCUGUGCUUUUCUCGGUGCUAACGCUGGCUAACUUGAACCUCAGGGAUGUGAUUGUUCAGCCCCGAAGCAGCCCCGCUGCACACAACUCACUACCCUUGUACGCUCUUGAUGUAAUUCGGAAUUCUGAGAUUUUGAUGCAAAAAUCUGGCACGAGGAUAAGCAUGGUGCUAAACUGGUGCGUUUUUGUGAAUAUUCCCUAGUAAUCUGAAUCGGAAAAAGGACUCUGUACAAGCUUCGAAGUCCAGAUGUGAGCAUGUCUCUAGACUGCCUUAUAUUUAAAGCAGUGUCUUUCCUAAGCAUCAUGUAUACUGGCUUGUAAAGGUGAAAAAAAAAAGUCUUGUGUAUGCUGUGUAUGCUAAAACGGACAAACCGAAUCAGAUAAUCCUGAUUUUUCUUUUUCUAAAUAUGCACUUCAGCUUGAAUUGGAUAAUCGUUAUACUAUCACGGAAUAGUAUCUAAUGUAUAGCACUUAAGGUAAGGGUUUAACAUUUCCUGCCUCUGAAAAUCAAUGCAAGGUCCAGUGUGAUUGUUUUUUUUGUACCGUGAUGUAUCUUGAUGUAACUUUCUUACUUUUUUUUUUUUUCGUACUAAUGCCUGAUGUUACUGAUUUUAUUUCCCUUUUUUUUUCUUUUCUUUUUUCUACCUGUCCUCUUCCCGGCCCAAUCACAUCCCUGAUUGAACCAAAUCAUGUUAAAGUGCGUCUAUGCUGUGCCUCGCAUCUCUUUCAGAUUGUUGAGAGAGGCUAAUAUGCCAAACCAGAGAUCCCGGUUAUCAGUGGGACUUUGGCGUUUGACUACGUUUUAAGGAAUUACCGCUCACGUACUGUAAAAACACGCAUAAGCUAAAGGAAGAGGGAUGCAUCGAUACAGAUACCGGUAUCUGGUAUCAGAUACUGUGCUUAUUUACUCGUACUCGAGCAAAUAAAAUAAAUAAAUGACCUGAUACCAUGUGACGUAAGACUAACGUACGCUGUCGGGUUAACGGACAGAUGACGGUGAGAGACAGCAAUCCGGAUGUAUUUCAUGAGUAACGAUGGCGUUCAGAUCAAUCUGUGGCUUUACUUCUCCUCCUACUCCUGAUAAACCAUCUUCGGUAGAAAACUCCAGCUAGUAAAAGCUAACAAGGCGAGAAAAAAUAUCUACAGACGACGCCAGACGAGUGAAAUUAUUCUCGGUUGUUCUUCCGUUAUGAGUCGUUAACGACGAGGGACUUUAAAUACAGCUGUACAAAAGCGCUUUUCUGGACCAUCCCAAAACCCUGCUCUUUUCCCCUGCAGCCCAAUACGAGCAGACUAAUGUAGCUAGUUAAAGCACUUCGUUUAAAGUUACGUAGCUAACACUAUAAAGAGCGACCCUAGUAGCGUAAACACACGAACACGCUACGUGUGCGCUUUUCAUGGUCGCUGUUUGAAACACAAAAGGAAAUGUUCAAAAAACGGUAUCGAUGCAUCCCUGCUAGGGACAGCAAAUCCAAACUUGAGGUUUAUAAGCUACAUUUAAGAGCAGAGCUGUAUAGUGUUUCAGUUCAUCAGGAGCAGAUGAAUGUUUCGUAUUUCGUAUUCUAACGUUUCGAUAUUAAUGAAGCUAUCCUGUUAUGAUUGUAAAUCAUGAAUCAGUGAAGGGUUUUUGUUUGUUUGUUUUUUUUUACUCCGUCCUUUAAGUUCCAUUCAUUUAAAGAGAGCUGAUCAAUAGCUCAUAAAUCUUCCUCACUAUUGCCUUUAUGGAACAUCUGGUGUUAUGGUUAAUUACACUUUUCACUGUUUAAUUACUAACUCCAGCUCUUGUACGAGCGGACGUCGAGUAACAUGUUACAGUGGUCGGUGGUGUCACAUAACGAGGGUGCUUUUAUGUUGUCUGUUUCAAUACUGUAUUUAGUACACCCUCGUCACUUCCGCUAGGGCGGAAUCUUGCGAAAGUAACGAAAUCGUCGGCCAUAGGACAGAAAUCACUGCGUUCCGACACGAUUUUAUUUUACGAUUAUAUAAAAACAUAACAAAAUGGUGGACAAAGGUGUUUUAAAAAGCCAGAGCCAUUACAAAAACCUAAGGAAUACUGUACAAACGACAUUCGUGAUGUUGUAGGAAUACAUACGGAAGUGUUUUGGUAUUUUUGUAGCACAGCUAUUUAUCAACAAUUCCAAAUUCUCCAAUCGUCCAUAAAACAAAUUAGCACCUGUUAUCGCUUACGUUAUACUAGCUUUGAAUGGUCAUUCCUUCAUCGUCGUCUCUCGCCAUUUCCCGAAGUUGAUAAGACAAUUUAAUAAAACGCAGCUUGUCACGUUUUUGAGAAACCGCAAAAUGCAACCUCGUCUGUUACAGCUUUAGACUGUUAUCAAGCGUUAGCACUGGAGACUCCUUCCGUAAACGUUAAAUAAACGUCUCCUUACAGAUUCAACAAUAAUUCAUGUUUUUUUAAAAAAAAUCCGUUUACGUGGGCCGUGGGAUUUGCAGCUGUGGUACGGUUCGAGUUGCCGUAAUAGAAAACUAAUCAGCACCUCCCAACCAAUCAGAAUCCAGAAUUCGGCAGUGCUGUGGUGUAAAUUAAAAUAACAAAUAUUGAAGACGCUGUCAAUAAAAAAAAAAAACGAAACAUUUUUUUUGAACACCUGGAUGUUUUGUUUCAGUUCAAUAACACGAUUCAGAAUAAAGGAAAGUAAACGGAAAGGAAAGAGUAAUCUUCUCGCUAUUGGAUCCCCAACACGACUCUAAAUGAGCGCUUUAUUAAAGGUGGACGCGUUUGGAGGGUAAAGACGUUAAGCCUGUCGAUAAAAGCUCUUAGUAUUAACUGUGAAAGCAAAACUACGUGGUGCCUAAAGUGUCUAAUUAGAAGGGCGUGGCAGUGUGACGAUAUAGUAUCGAUAUCGUGAUAAAUUACGCCACAAUACAUUUUUUUUCUGAGAUAUCACGGAUCUUGUGAUACCUCUUUUUUUUUUUUUUUUUUUAAUAAUUCAAAAUGUUUUUAACGAUCAAAUUUUGUACUUGGUUUUUAAAAAACAUUCUAAAUCUAUAGAAAUGUUUUUUUUCCUUUUUCAUUGUGCAUUGUGGAGUCAUUCAUUUUUGUAGACACCAAAUAACCCCCAACCCCCCCCCCCCCCCCCCCUUUAUUUGACACAGCACUACUGCUGUCCUGCUCGACAUUUCUAAUAUCGUGACACACGUUGCGUAUCGUAGAAAUGUCUUUGUGAUGUGAUACGAUAUAUGUGAUAUAUUUUUGGCAUAUCAUGCUCUCUGAGUAUUUCGAGUGAUUUAAAGAUUUGACUAGAUUUAGAUUUAGAUUGUUCCAGUAUAAUAGUCAUUGCUAAUAUUUCUCAAGUCACCAAACAUUUAAUAAUAAACACUUUUUAAAAUGAGGUCGAUUGAACUAAAAUUCUAAUAGCAUAUUCAUAAACUUUCGACUGGCAGUGAACGUAACAUUGGAGUUUCUACGUUCAAUCUGGAUUUUGUGUCGCAAGUUCAUGCACAGAUUGCUAAGAGGACGUCAAUGAGGGCAUCUUAAAACCAGUAUUGAAACACGUUUCAUGACCUCUUUUGAUUUUUCACUACUUUGUUGGAGAUAUGUGCUAUAUAUAUUUUUUUUUUCCAAUUUUUUUUUCCUUCUCAGCAGCUGGCCAUCUCCCUGUCCGUUCCCUCUCUCUCCUUUGCCUUACCAGACUCGCGUUAAUGCAUUAACACUUUAAUUUCAACAUUAAAGCCAUCCAGUAUAGCUGCUCAGCCAUGUAACUGGAGAUGUUUAGGUUAUAUUUUUUUGAAUAACUGAAGAAAAUAAAUGUUAUUUUCCUAUGUACGACAAUAAAACAAGAAGCAAUUCA